CUACAAAACCACACCACACUUCACCCAAAACGAUCAACCUCCCAUAACUCAUAACCACCACACCAAUGAAGAGAGAGGGUCGUCAACACGGCGUCGUUCGCAGCUUCGCAGUCCUCCCGGCCCCCUUAUCUAACCGCAGAUACGUAAAGACUGUUGAUUCCUCAUCCGUCACAGGCGUAUUCACCAAAGUCUCAACGAAGCCUACGAACCACUCAAAGUUCACAGGAAAAUGUAGCACUGCAAGAUGCAUGGGUUGCCAUAUUCACCCGGCUUCUAAAUCUAAAGACAAGGCCAAGGGUACCAUGAAGUUGAGAUCGAUAGGAUUCGAUCAUGAAUUGGUUUGUUGUCAGCCUGGUGCUUCGGCUACACGCGCUUUUGGUUAUUUGGUUAAUGAAGGAAGUUAUGAUGAUGGUGAUGAAUAUGAAUAUGAAUAUGGUGAUGGGGUUGGGGUUGGGGUUGGGGGGAUUGUAAAGGAGGAGCAUAUUGAGGAUGAGUGUGUGAGUUAUUGUGAUGUAGGGUUGUGUUGGGGGAGGGGGUGAAGGUGAGUGUGGUGAGGAUGAAUGGUAUUUGGUUGGGCAUUUUGAGUGAUUGAUUUAGAUCAUUUGGUGAUGUUUGUGUUUGUGAUUUGUAAUGUUGUUUUGUUAAGGUGUGUAAUUCAAGAGAUUGAACUCUUCUUGAUUGAUUAAUGAAUAAUGACAUGUUUUUCCUUUUU